GGCUGCGCACUACUGCCACCGCUGUCGCCGCGGUGAAAGGAAGCGACGCGAUGGCUGGGCCGGCGUGGAUCUCCAAGGUCUCUCGGCUGCUGGGGGCAUUCCACAACCCAAAACAGGUGACCAGAGGUUUUUCUGGUGGCGUUCAGACAGUAACUUUAAUUCCAGGAGAUGGCAUUGGCCCAGAAAUCUCAGCUGCAGUUAUGAAGAUUUUUGAUGCUGCCAAAGCACCUAUUCAGUGGGAGGAGCGGAAUGUCACUGCCAUCCAAGGACCAGGAGGAAAGUGGAUGAUCCCCCCAGAAGCCAAAGAGUCCAUGGAUAAGAACAAGAUGGGCUUGAAAGGCCCUUUAAAGACCCCAAUAGCAGCUGGUCACCCGUCUAUGAAUUUAUUGCUGCGUAAAACAUUUGACCUUUAUGCCAACGUCCGGCCAUGUGUCUCAAUCGAAGGCUAUAAAACCCCUUACACCGAUGUAAAUAUUGUCACCAUUCGCGAGAACACAGAAGGAGAAUACAGUGGCAUUGAGCAUGUGAUUGUCGACGGAGUUGUGCAGAGCAUCAAGCUUAUCACCGAGCAGGCAAGCAAGCGCAUCGCUGAGUUUGCCUUUGAGUAUGCCCGGAACAAUCACCGGAGCAACGUCACGGCCGUGCACAAAGCCAACAUCAUGCGAAUGUCAGAUGGGCUUUUUCUGCAAAAAUGCAGGGAAGUUGCAGAAAACUGUAAAGAUAUUAAAUUUAAUGAGAUGUACCUUGAUACAGUAUGUCUGAAUAUGGUACAAGACCCGUCCCAGUUUGAUGUGCUUGUUAUGCCAAAUUUAUAUGGAGACAUCCUUAGUGACCUGUGUGCAGGACUGAUUGGAGGUCUUGGCGUGACGCCAAGUGGCAACAUUGGAGCCAAUGGAGUUGCAAUCUUCGAGUCGGUUCAUGGAACCGCCCCGGAUAUAGCAGGCAAGGACAUGGCCAACCCCACGGCCCUCCUGCUCAGCGCCGUGAUGAUGCUGCGUCACAUGGGGCUUUUUGACCAAGCUGCCAAGAUCGAGGCUGCGUGUUUUGCUACAAUUAAAGACGGAAAGAGCUUAACGAAAGAUCUAGGAGGCAACGCCAAGUGCUCAGACUUCACAGAGGAAAUCUGUCGCCGAGUAAAAGAUUUAGAUUAACACCCCUACCAGUGGUAUUUGUACCAGUCAUCCUAAUGGACACUAUAUAAAUCUAUAUUUAGAAAAUCUACAGUAUGUAUGCAUUUAAUUUGCUUGUUUCUUGACAGUACAUUUUUUGGGUCUGGCCUCUUAAAAUCUGUGCAAAAGAUGCAGGUGAUAUCCCUAGGCCUGCUUUCAAAGGACUUUUUCUGAGUGCUGUUUUAUUUAUUAAAUGUUUAUCUGGUAAACAUUUUUUUAUAAACUCUAAGAGGAUUGUAUCAUUUGCCAUUGUUAGCCAUUUUAAACUGCAGUUAAAAGAUUUUUUUCCUCAGCUGUAAAUAUCAUGAUACAGAAUUAAUAAGAGAAAACAUCUAACUUUUUAAAGAAAAGCUGUUUUUUUGGUUUAUAAAAAAUAUAAUGGGAAUAAAACAGGAUACUUACAUUAUAGCACAAAUGAUACUCAUAAAACGAAAUGGACACAGAGAAAUUUCCUGGGAAAGUUUACCUCAAAAACAGUAAAUUUGGUCUAUUUCUUAGUGACAUGAAAAAUCAAGACAGGUUUGUCCUUUACGUGAAUUACCGCAUAUGAAUAAAGACUUCAGAUCCAAGAAAUAUAUGUAACGAGAGAUGUAAUUUUUAUUCAUAAAAUUUAGGUGAUAUAAUAGAUACAAACACACACCCGCGUUGUGUGUUCAUUAUUUUGUUAUCUUGAGAUUUAAUACUUUUUGUGAGAACUUAACGAAGCAGAGGGGUGGUACUUCCUUUUAACUGGACAUGUAUCGAGCAUCCUGAGUAACAGCCUUUGAGCCACUCUACUCAAUCCUGACUUGGGCCAUGGAGCUGACCUCUAGUGUAUAUUUACUCUUGUGAGUUGUGCAUGUAACUCUCUGAAAACAACCACACUCCCACUGAGACCGAUGGGGGUGAUACUACUAAAGGGACUGAGUUCAUAGAUUUCAGCUGCAAUUAAGGGACUUGGGAUGCUGGCUAUUAAUUUUAUAUUUCGGCAGCUGCUCCUUCACCUUCCCCAAAGCACCCAAUCACUGCCUUCCACCUCAGCACCGCCAGUAAGAGAUGAGAUUGUAGAGACUGGCACAGACUCAGCCUGAGUUGAUUCACAGAGCUGUGCCACACUGGGGCUUGGUCUCAGCUUUUGACAUUCUAGUACCUUCCUCCCCCAUAUCACGUUCCCUAGCAUGAUUUUUGUUAAACUUCAGACAUGAAGUCACUAUUUUCAUAAACAGUUACUCUUUGGCCCCACACCAAAGGCAACUCAUGUCCUCCUUUGGCCCUUGUGUAACAUUGCAAACCUUUGGCUUUAUGUCAUGUACCCAGGUUACAAAGGAAUUUCUUAGCCAAAAAUAGGCCUGUUUGGGCCCUCUUUUAGGCUUGUAACCAGUCUUACAAUAGUAUAUAUAUUUUACUUUGUUUACACUGCUGCUUCUUCCGUUUUAUUGGGCUAUGCUAAUUAUCAGUGGCUCUUGGGUUCAUACUAAUAAAGAAUUCCAGAACUGA